CACAAUUCAGUGAUGUUUUUGCUAUCAUCGCCGUGAAGUUUCAGUUUUAUUUUUCUGAACACCACCCUCUACAGUAGUGUACAAUGAACUAAUGUCGCAUUUCCAAUAGCUGCCAAUUUUUUGGCUAAAACCAGCGGUCCAUUGUACACUUCUCGCUACUGUACCCCUGCUGUUUUCAGCAAAUAAAAAACGGGAUGAUAUCACAGUGACUAUCGGACAAGAGAGAGCCCUGAAUUUCAGGGUCCAAUGCUUAUGGACACCCUCCGCCAUUUGUCAAACUGUUUGAUGGGGAAAAUCUUGUAUUCAGCCCGAUACCCUAGUCUCAGCUGGCGGAGGAAUAUAUAGGUCGCCUCGUUUCCGAAUCAAAACAAGUGCGUUCCCUAUCGAAAACGAGGCUGGAAAUGUUGCAACGGAUUUCGAAUCUCGCCAAGGCACAGACCUCUUCAUAUUCAGUAUCACCUUUCACCUGUCACAUGUAGACGCGUGCACCAACUGUAAACAUGGACCCGCACAUGCGAAACACCACACCACUCUCUGAUGCAGACACAGAAGAACUGCUGAGUGGCGUUGAACCUAUCAGUAAUGUUAGCAGCCUGCAUUCAUCUCCCAAACUCAGCCCCUAUGCCAGCCCAAAUUAUCCCCUGAACCCAGCUAGCUCAGAGGCUGUUACUUAUAAAGGUAGACUUGGAGAUAUAGGGAGCCCACAACUAGCAGCAAGGAAAAAACUAGGUGCUGCUGGAACUUAUGACAGAUAUUCAAGUGAUGGUCCAAGGUCAUUGCCAAAUACUCCACUACCCUCUCAAGAAAGAGGCGCUACCAUUUCCACCUCUUCUGCCUAUCUUAUAGACUUGACAAAUGUUGACAGAUCGAGAUCUAGGUCUCUGAAUGCUGUUGAUAAACCCAGUGUAAACUUUGAUGUGAGAACUGAGUUGUUUGGGGACACACAGCGAGGGUCAAGGGAUGUUGAUAGAGACAAGAGUUUAAGUGAGUUGAGAGUAGAGACCAGUGGUUUAGAGGAUAACAGACAGGGGUCAAGGUCACCAGUAACUGACAGUCACAUACGGAACAGACCUAGGAGCCCAAUAAGAGACGUCCUUAGUCCUAGAAAUGACCCUAGACCAUCAAGAGAUUACACAAGAACAACUUUGGAAAUAGAUCAGGGACAUUCUGGAAGUAGGUCAAGGUCAGAGCUGCCAAAGUCACAGGACCAGUCCUCAUACUCUGAUGUUUACUCUGCACCAAGCUGCAGUGCAUUAAAAUCACAAAACUUUGAUUCUGCUUUGGUAAUUGGUGUCACUGGGACACCUCCCAGGUCUCAAACUUCUCCGGUGAGUGACGUUGUCACCAGUAUGGGGUCAAAAAGUAAUUCUGCGGAGAAACUGUACGCUGAAAUUAGGACAGGCAGGACACUAUCGCCCAGCACCACUAGGGGCUCUGCCAGUCACGUCAGUGGUGGCAGUAUCCGCCAAGACAGGCUUCCUGUGUCAACUGCACACAAGAGUGAAAAUAGGCUGACUUCAUCUGAUAGGUCAACAGGUCAAACGUAUAGGUCAGAGAGCACAAGGUCAAGGUCGUCACCACCAAGGACCACAACCUCGUCAAGGCCAUUGUCACCGCCCAGGUCUCCUUUACAGUCCAGGUCUGUAUCCCCUCCAAGGUCACCUUUACUGCACAGGUCAAGGUCACCACCAAGGUCAGCACAUUCACCACGUCCAAGGUCACCGCCACUCAGGUCACCUUUACAGUCAAGGUCAAGGUCACCUUCAAGGUCGCCAGUGAGAGGUUCUGUAGGGGAUGUCUCCUCUGAUCCCACCAGUUAUAGCCACAGAGCACAUGUCAAGGACCCUCAGUCCAGCAAUGUUUCAUCCUGGAAUAAUCCCAGAAAUUCCAGGAGUCGAGAGGAUUCCUGGAGGGUUUCCAGAGCCGAGGACCAGCAGGGCGGGGGUGGUGGAAGGAAGGGGGGUCUCAGUCAGUCCCCGGGGGUGGCAGCAGCCCAGGCCACCAUUCAGGGGUUACUGCCCCCAUCUGGAGGAGAAAUGAAGGAUGUCAGCCAUGUUACCAGUGACAGUAUUAGAGAGAUGGAGCAGGUCAGAGGUCAUCUGAACACCAUGCUGAAGACCAGUGUACAGAAUGUACUGGACAAGUCGACAUUUGACCCUGUGGAUGACGUGACCAGCUUGCUGGACAGUACGACGGUGGACAGUCCAGGCACCGACCUCACCUCUCACCUCGAGAAGGUCCUGGGACUUCCCCCAGGGUGGGGCACGGAGAGAGGGGGCCCCAGGGGUGGCAGUGGUCACUCCAGAAGCAGUGGGUACAGGAACGAUGUGACUUUGCUGUCAGAGAAUCAAGUGUUGAGAGAGACUCUGGAGAAGGAACGGUACAGAAGGAAGCACUGUGAAAGGCAAAUACAGCAUCUACAGAGUAAGAUGUUGGAGACGCAGCAGCAGCUGGCAGUGGCAGUGUCCACAGACAAGAAGAAAGACAUCAUGAUAGAACAACUUGACAAGACCCUGGCCAAGGUAGCAGAGGGCUGGAAGAGAAGAGAAGCAGAGAAAGAAGACUUCCUGGCAAAACUGAAUGCCGAGAAACAAGCUGCAGAAAAGGCACUGGCAGAGCAACAGGAGAUGUUGAGCAAGUUUGAAAGAGAGAUGCAGAAAGCUGUAGAUGAUUUGACUGCAGAGCAAAAGAGGGCAGCACUAGCUGAGAAGGAAAGAAAGCAACAGCUCAUCCGCCACGAGGAAGAAUACGCCAUCAUUACAGAGUCCUUGGAGGCUGAGCGUGAUUGCGCCCGUAGAAUGGAGUCUGAGAGGGACAGGGCGGUGGAGGGGAGAGAGCAUGUGGCCAAACAGCUGGAGAGCCUUCAGGAGACACUGAAUGAGGAGAGGACAGGAUGGCAGAAGAGAGAGCGUGAGAUUGGGCAGCAGCUAGAGGAGCUGACUACGACACAGGACAGAAUUGUACAGCAAGAGAAGAGCAAAGCAGAGGAGCAUAUGAAGAUAGCACAGGAGAGUCAGGACGUUCUUGCCUCUGUACAGAAAGAACUUCAACAGCUGAAGAUAGACCUGGAUACAGCGUGUAGAGAGAGGGAUCACCUGAAGGUAGAGAUGGGUCUGUCCGAGGCCAGGCUGGAGAACGCCAAACGUAAACUGGAGGCUGACUUGCAGUCCGACCUAGAAAAACAGACGACUUCCAAACUGGCUGAGGUGCACGAAAAGAUGGCGCAAUCGGAGGGAAAGAUAAGGGAGGAGCAUCGCAAACAGGUCCAGGAGUUGAACCAGCGCCACAGCACAGAGAUGGCGCGGCAGCUGCAGUCAUUUAACCAGGAACUUCAGAGGAAGGAGGCCCAGACCAAGGAACAGUUGCAGGCCUAUGAAGACAGGCUGUCACAAAUGAGGGCUGCUUUGGCAGAGGAGAGGGAGUCCAAGCAGAAGUUAGAGAGUGCUAGGAGAGAAAUGACAGGAAAACUCCAAGAGCUGCUCCAGGGUCACUGCAGUGAUGCUUUGAGUAUUCUGAGCAGGAGCAACUCAACACAGCCUCUGCAGUCUCAACUAACACAUUCAGCACAAUCACAACCCAGGCAGUCACACCUAACACAAUCUGACCUGUCACAACCAACACAACUAGGACAGCAGUCUCACCUAACACAAUCAGGGCAGCUGAGCUUCACGUCCACUCUGCCAGGCAGUGUCCAGAGCAGUCCAGACAAGGAGGAUGCCUUCAGCCUGUACACCAGUCGGAGCAUUCCGUCCAGACUGACCAGCAGGGGUCAGGAGGGUCAGUCUUUGGCCCAAGGAGCACUGGACAUCCCCAGUGACAGAGUGGCACCCAUUAAUAAGUUUUUAAAGAGUUUUCCAGUGGAGAAGGGGGGUAGUAUUAGCAGCUCAGCAGAUUUAAGACCAAGAGGUGGUUUUGACCUAGAUUCCAGCAUAGCCACUGUGCGAUCUGCUAACUUGCCACACACGUCUUCCGUCCAAGGUUCUUCCGUCACCCCAAGUUUCAACUCGCUCAAUUUCCAAUCCCAGGAUCCUGAUGGUGUCCUUCUGCCAAAUUCAUCAGUACACGGUAGCUCCCAGCUAGGGACUUCCAUUCCGUAUCAAGGUGCCAGCUCUUUGAAUUAUCAGCAACCAUCCAGAGCUGUUCCAUCUAAUGGUGGUGCUGGAUCCAUGAUUUAUCAGCAACCGGGGAAUUUUGUUCAAUCUGCAGGUGCUGGAUCUUUAAAUUAUCAACAGCCAGGAAGUGCAAAUUAUCAGCAACCAAAUGUGACUUCUUCUGGGGCCCAAUCUUUUAUUUAUCAACAACCACUUUUGAAUCUCGGUGCUGCUCCAGUAUCUUCUGCUUCCCAGCAGCUUCCAUUUUCGGUGCCACACAAUCAGGGUAAUGUCUCAGUUCCCCUGACAGGAAAACCGGGUGGCUAUGCCUCCAUGUCAACAUCAGGAUAUUCUAGCGUACAAUCAGAGCUUCCACAACAGCAGUUGCAGCAACGACAACAAUUAAACCAACAACAACAUUUUAAUGUAAACCAAUCAGUAGGACAAUACCAGAACAUGACUCAGCAAAAAAUGGCGGAUCUCCAGAGGUGGAUCCAGCAGCCUCAGCAAGGGUCAGCUCCUGAUCAGGGGUAUGCCUCAGCAGGACCCUUUUCUGGCUCAGUUGCAACGUUUCCUGGGAUGACUCAGCAGAAAAAUAUGGGGGAAUUUUCCUCACUGCAGGGCUACCAUGACGAGACCGCUAGUACUUUUGAUCCACAGCAGCUGAAUAACACAGACCUCAGCAUGCAUCCUCUGGAUGACACCGCAAGUGUUAUAUCAUCUUUGAAGGGGGCAGCUGAGGACUACAGUCACAUCUCAGACAAAUUUGAUGCACAUGAAUCCAGGCAGAAUGAGCUGAGGCACUAUAUCAAAGUGUUGCUAGGCAGGUCACCAGGAAGUCCACUCCAAGACCCAGCACAGCCAGGGGAAGAUGACAAUCAAGAUGAGUCCAAAGCCCCAGUACCAGCCCCCCAGCAGGACCCCAGGGUAGGACCAGGAGGAGAGACCAGCGCCAGGAGGCCUCCACCGCGCACCAUGGCGUUCAUGAAGAGUGUGAUCACAGACCAGAAAGAGACGCAGAAACCUCCACUGAAACAAGCCCCACUCACUGUGGAACAGGUAGACGAGAUCACCAGACUACUGGAUGUGUACAGGGGGAAUGGGGAACCACAGGGUCAAGGUCACAGUGAAGGUCAAGGUCAUCAACCCAGUGAGGAAGUAAUCUCCUACCUGAGAGGUGUCCAGGGAAAAUCUCAACAAGGUCAAAGUCCACCCAGCAGGGGACCUUCCCAGCAUGCAGCAGGGCGGGGUCACCAGAGGUCAAGUAGUCCCAAGGCCAGGAGACAACUUGAUCAGAACUACUCUCAGGGGACAGAGCCAAGGUGGCAGUCACACGAGAGAAAGAAAUCGUCCCAGCAGCCAGGCAGAGUUGUGAAGAGCCAGCAGGUCAAGAAAGUGGAGAAACCAAAACCUGGAACAGUGAAAACCAGUGCCAGAAACUCCUUGCCUGUGUGGAAGUGACGGGGUAAUGCAUUCUACUGAUCAGACAGCUCCACAGGUGUCUCAUUUUGUUGAUAAUUAUCACAUGAUGUGAAGCUAACAUGACAGUGCCUUGUAAAUACACCUAAAAAAUCAGGACUUACACAGAAUUUGAGUGUAAAAUAUUAUUUAAUCAUUAUGCUUUUGUAUAUAAACGUCAGUGGACAAGAGAAAUACAUAUCAAUUGUAAAUAGCAGGCCUGAUAAUGUUUAGUAACAUGAGUGAAAGAUGCGGUAUUAUUUAUGUACAAAAUGAUGUGUAUAUGCACCUCACCUUGCCAGCGUCUUUAAGUUAUAGAAAUUACAGAAUUUUUUAAUGGAAUCAAAAUAAUACAAGGUAUCGUUAACCUUCAUACAACAUGUAUAAAAUCUUAUUCAAAACAAUAAGAUCAUCCAUGCAUUAGGUGAUAUUGAAAAACACUGAAAAAGUGAUACACUGUUUUAACUAAACAAAUAUAAUUUCUUUUACUUAUCAUUUUGCAUGUUUUGAUUUUCUUGUAUGAAACAGGUUUUUGUAAAUUCUGAAAUAUCUGCAUGUUAUAUAUUCAACCAGCAGCUUAAGUUGUGCUAUUAAAUGUGAAAAGAUUAAGAACCUGUCCAGCUGUAUUGGUUCCAUUUGUAUUUGUAAUAUUUAUUGAGAGUAUUUGUAUUAUAGAAAUUUGAUAAUUUUGUAAAACAAU